AUGAUCAUGGUGAAUACUCAAGAGGAUGUGUUGGAGAAGAUUGCAACAUUUUCCCAUAGUCUCUUGAAAAAUGUAAUUAUUAUAUCAACAAAUGGAAAAGUUUCUAAAGUAAGAUUUUCUCAAUCUUCAUCAUCGGAUGAAAUCAUGACCUAUGAGGGACGAUUUGAGAUACUACCACUAAAAGGUUCUGCGUUUGUUGGCGCAAAUGAAAGUGAGCAGAAAAGAGUUGGUAGAGUAAAAGGGUCCUUUAUUUCAUUAUCAAAUAGCCGUGUAUUUGGUGGUAAAAUUUCUAAUGUUUUGAUUGCUGCUACUCCAGUCCAGAUAAUACUGGGGAGUUUCUUUUCAGAGGGUCGAGAAGUAGUAUUGUCUUGUCCAAAUGAGCCUCAUGCAGAAGGCCCAAGCAACCCUCCGUCGGUGGUUCAUCCAUCAACGGGAGUAUUGAUAUCUUAG